AUGCAUGAAUGUGAAAUAUGGAAAGAUGUAUCUGAAAAAGAAUUUGAGAAUGCAAAAGAAGGAAUGGAAAAAUUAUUGAUGAUGAGAUUAUAUAAAUUAAUAUUUACACCAGCUAUUAAAGGGCAAGCUGUGACAGAUGAUUUGGAAAGAGAUGAAAUUUUACAUCAAAAAAUUCAAAUAUUUAGAUGGGUGGGCGAAAAACAUUUAGACAUUCCAAUCACUCCUCAUAAUGAAAUAUUUCUAAAUCAUGCUAAAAAUGAAUUAUUAAAGAUGCGUCAAUUUAUAGCACCAAGAGAUAAACUAAUAUGUAUACUCAAUUGCUGUAAAGUAAUAUAUGGAUUAAUAAAGUUUGUGGAUGGUGAAGAAGGUGCGGAUAAAUUUUUACCGAUACUUAUUUUUGUAAUAUUAAAAGCAAACCCAGAACACUUAAUGUCAAAUGUUCAAUUCAGAAAUCCAGAGAAAUUACAAUCAGAAGCUGGUUAUUAUUUAUCUAGUUUAAUGAGUGCAGUCGCUUUUAUUGAAAAUAUGGACGUUAAUUCAUUAACCAUAACACAAGAUGAAUUUGAUAGUAAUAUUGAAUUAACAGUGAAAGAACUCGCAGAAGAAACACCAAAAUUACCAGAAAACACCAAAGAAAUAAGUUAUGAUAAUGCUAUAAAUCCAUCCAAGCCUAUCGUUGCCAAUAAUAACAACAAUAGACUUUCAUUAAUAAAUCCAGCACAAUUACUAAAUCCAGCACAAGCAAAAGCAUUAUUCGAGAAGGGGAGUUAUUAUGCUCAGAGAACCAUCCAAACGCCUAUAAAUAUGGUAGGAAAAUUAUUUUCAGAGAUUAACACUGGACUAAAAUUAAAACGGCAACGGGAACUAGAAGAAGAGGAUAAUAAUUUAGUAGACGAACUUAUUGCACGUUCAACAGAAAAAGAAAUGAAAGAAUCUUUAAAGCUACUUAAAUCAAUUUUUAGUGAUUUAGAGCCGGAGCUUUGUGAAGAAGUAUAUUAUGCUAAAGAUUAUAAUAUGAAUUCAGCAGCAAAUCAAUUGUUGGAGAUUUCAAAUUCAUCUAUCAUCAUUGAAAAUGAAUAUGGAAAUGAUGAUGCAGUUCAUUUCAUAGGCAUGAAUCAUGAACCUCUAAAUCAUGCAUAA